GUCCCGGUCUACCGCGAAUGCAUCACAUCGCCACUAUAAAACGCGCCCCCUUGACCCCGUCGGAAACCCAUCGUUCUGCCGCCGCGACCGGGAUGGCGUACCGCCGGAAGCCGCAGUCCUCCUUCGAGCACCACCACCACCCGCAGCCCGUUAGCCCUCCCUCCCCGCCGCAGGACUCCCUCGCCGCGCAGGCCAUGCGCGCCUCCGCCGCCCACCGGGACGCCUCUUCUAUCUCCUCCGCAUACUCCUCCUCGGCUGCCUCCGCGGCCGCCGCCGCUCGCAGGAGCCACGAGCCCUCCGUCUCCACCCCUUCCCCUGUAAGCCACGCCAGCCUCUUAAUUACCCGUCCGCCGUCUUCGUCUCUGGAUGCAGUUUAUGUAUUUUGGGGGACGCUUGCUCGGAAAGCAAAGUCACUUAUUGACGAGGAUGGGUCGCCGGGGCAAUAUGAUUCCCCGACGAGACAGCAGCCGCCAAGAGAUGGUACAUCACCAGCUAUCCAUAGACAACACUUGCAACAGCCAGCGCCAGAGACAUGGAAAUCCGAGACACCUCCAUCUCAGAAGAGGUCCGAGGCAUUAGCUUCCUCCCUUAACUAUAUUGGAGGCACAAUAAAGAGUGCCCUCGAAGAAGGUCGGAUUAUUGUAGAGACUAAAACAGCUGACAUUAUUCAGGAGACGCGUAAACUGAAUAUAAGGCGGAAAGGAGCUGGAUCAAAUCCACAAGGAGAAACUUCUCACAAAUUUGCUCACAGAAAUUUUCCUCAAAAUCCACUCGAUUACGAAACUCAGUUGAAGGCAUCUCGCGACGUUGCAAAUGCCAUGUCAGCAAAAGCAAAGCUGCUAUUACGUGAACUGAAGACUGUGAAGGCAGAUUUAGCUUUUGCGAAGGAGCGCUGUGCUCAGCUUGAGGACGAGAAUAAAAUGUUGCGAGAAAAUCAAGACAAUGGUGAUAACCCAGAAGAUGAUGAUCUGAUCCGCCUACAAUUAGAGACACUAUUAGCCGAGAAGGCGCGGCUUGCACAUGAAAACUCGGUGUAUGCUCGAGAAAAUAGAUUCCUACGUGAAAUUGUAGAGUAUCACCAACUUACUAUGCAAGAUGUCAUAUAUGUGGAUGAAGGCAUCGAAGAGGUCACUGAGGUGUACCCUACUCAAGUACUGCCUCCAGCGUCUGCUCGCAAUGGGUCGGGCCUAGGUCGCGCAUCUACUCCAGUGACACUUAAACAUAUUAACUCAUCUCCGGCCUCCACAUCUGCCCUUCCGGAACCUUGUCUGAUCGUGCCAGUUUCUCCGAAGACGCUUUCUCGGGCUUCAUCUCAAAGCAAAUAGAGGGUGCCUGGCACCACCAGCCACCGUUCAACAGGUAAAGAUGGUUGGUGGUUGAUACGAGUAACACAUAUACUGUAACGGAGGUUGCGGCGCCAUUGUGCCUGUGGGAUGUUGUGGCCUCUGGGCUGUGGUGAAUACACGCAGGAUCUGCGAUGUGUGUAUGAUCCGUGUUGUAACUUGUGAGAUUUUUCUUUCACAUCACCAUGCUUGCGAAACUACGCAUUGCCGGGUUGCAUUUGUCUCUUCAGUUGAGGAUUUGAUGCUGAGGCCAAAUUCAAGGUGCAUUGCGUGUCUGCCUGAGACGUUUUACAUGUUA